GCAGUUAGGAACACAUUUGAAUCCCGUCGUUACUUCUAUAAAUUCACAGGGUUUAUCUACCGGUCGUAUCCAAAUGUCUUUAGAUGUGCUUUUGAAAUGUAAUUUUUCUGAAGCAGAAUUACCUUUUGAUUGGAUACGAAGCGUUCUGUUUUCUAUUCCAUCAAACGUAAAGAUUGUUAUCAUCGGGGUGCAGACUAGGAUGCUUAUUUUUGGAGGCAAUUAUGUAAUGUUUUUAGUCAUUUUCUGUAGAGUUAUCUCGGAACACUGAAGAGUUUGCCCUACUUGGUGAAUUGAAGUUUCAAAGUUGCAUCAAAGCAAUUAGUUGUUUGUAUUUUUCUUCGUAAGAAAAUUCCUUAGUUAGAAGCAGUGGUUUAGUUUCAGAAACCGCAGUGAUGCUAGACGUGGAUCAAAUGUUUACGUUGUUGGACUUGAGAAUGGUGAACUAUUAUUUCUACAUGAGGAUAAUAAAAUUCUUCUGUGUAUCAAAACUGGAUUUGAUUCCGUUAGAUCUAUUCAUUUGACUUCAUGUGGUUAGGAAAAUUUAUGUGUUUUACAUAAAACGACAAUUAUUUACUUUAAUCUUGACGAUCUGGAAGGUGUUUUAUCAAAUAGCUUCACUUACUUGUCAGAUUGUUCUCUCCGAUCUUAUGGAAACACUACUUUUCAGCACACAAUGAUAAUUCGUUAUCGAUCGUUGACAAUUCCAACUGAUGGUGAAAAUAGAUAUUGUUCUUGUUUGUCCAAAUAUCAGAUGGGGAUUUUCGAUUCAUUGGUUCGGAGAUUCGCUUUUGAAUCACAAUUGCGCGAUGACAAGAUGUGUGUUUCACCCAUUCAGACUAGGUGGAUAACAGCUGGCUCUAAUCCAUUCAUCAGCUUCAGCUUUUUAAAUGAGAAUGCAAACCCUGAAGUCUCUCAUUUUGCAUCUUUUGUUUAUCAAGAGGCUAAACGUGCCAUGUUCGGGAUCAAAAAAUACUCUAAUAAUGAUUCAGAACCGUUAGUUGUAACAUGGCCACAACGGAAAGAUGGCUUUACAUAUCCCACUGCUAUGUGUACUCCUUUUUCGAAAACCCCUUUGAGUUUGUCUCAUGGACUGGCUGACAGCCGUCGCCAUAUAUUAUCUUCCGGUGUCGCUAUUUCACCUGACCAUCAUUGGUUAGCGAUUCCCGAUAGCCUUGGAAGAGUUCUUCUUGUGGAUGCUUAUAAAGAGCGUGUUGUACGUAUGUGGAAGGGUUACAGAGAUGCUGAAGUUGCUUUUCUUGAAGUAUCUGACUCUGAAACUCCAUACACUGGCUAUCGUAAUAAACCAAAUAAUUCUGUUAGAAAGACACUUUGUCUAUUAAUUCAUGCACCGCAUCUUCAUUCAUUGGAACUUUGGUGUCUCAUUCACGGACCACGUAUUGUUUCAUGGGAUGUUGUAGAACCAGUUCGCCUUAUUCAAACUGAGCGUCAAAAUUACAUAAAUACUACUAAAUCAAAUGAAUUCAAUUUAAAUUACUAUCAAGUGGUUUUACUUGACUCAUCUGGAUCCAUUUAUACAAUUGGCCUAAACGCAGGCCUGUGUUUAUCAGAUACUAAUACAGAAGCAGCUGUAGACUAUCAAGAAUAUAAAAUUCUUCAGAAACUCUAUAAAACCUUGGAACAAUAUAGUAAUAACUUAAUAUCAGAUCUGUGCUGUUCCUAUGUAACUGAUCUGUUGGUCGAAUUCCGGACAACUCAGUGGUUUCAAAGAGCACUUAAUUAUUUACUAAGUUAUCCAGAUCUUAAUCCCCAAAUGAUUUUGAACAUUGUAACACUGUAUAUACAGUUACUGGAAAAAGGCAAUAAUACUAAUACUCAGGUGAAUAAAAUAAAUGUUAGAAUUUGUUCAAAUGUUAAGGAUUUAGUCGAUUUCUAUCUUCACUUUUAUUCAUUAUAUGAUAAUACAAACGAAGUUAAGAAGUUGGAAUUCACCGAAACAUCACAUAGAACAUGUGUAGAGUUUCUAGCUGAUCUUCUAUGUUGUGACCUUGAAGAUGCUGAGCACUGUUUACAGUUGUAUACUGUUUGUGGUUCAAUUCUACCUAGUAGUUCUAGUUCUGUUGGGAAACCACUUUCUAUACAAAUGUUUCUUAAUUCAUUCCGAUAUGCGUUCAUUUCAAAUAAUGAAACUGAAAAUGCGUCCCAAGAUUCACCAGAGUAUAAAACUAAAUGUGCAAAACAGUAUCACCUACCAAUAAUUCGUUCAGAUAAUUGUCGUAAAACACUAACAGAUAUCGGGUCAUUUAUUUUUAGACCUUAUAUCAAUGGUUUACAAAAUUUUACUUCUUUCCAAACAAUUAUUGAAUUAUCUGAUUUGGAUCCUAAAUUACUCUUGUUCUCUUUCACCUUGUUCAUGUUGAAUGAAGAUAACUACUUAAAUUUACCAAUUUUAAUUGAUCGAAUACACCACAUGUAUUGUUAUAUAAUUUAUCGAAUUCUAGUUGAAUUAUUAUCGUUACCACCUGAGGAAGUAAAAGAAGAUGGAGAUGAUGAUGGUGAAGAAAACAGAGAUCAGGAAAAGUGCAUGAGUGGGGAUUUAAAAAAUGAAAUAAAUUUUCUUGAUUUUCUUGAUAUAAAAUACACUAAAUCAAAACAGCCUUAUUUAAUGUUAUUCGAAUUAACAUUUAAACAAAUAUACAGUUACUGUUUGGAUAGUUAUCAUUUAUCAUCUGCUUAUUUAAUUGCAUUAGUAACGCGUUGUAUACUCUUGCAAAUAUGGCAAACAUUUGAAUCGGAAGGAAAUAUUUUGAAAAUUUUAUAUAAUUAUACACAACGCUCAGAAUUCACAUUACACAGUCCUUUGGAAAAGUUCAAUGAAAUUGGUAAUGAUUCUCCUAGUCAAGAACUUGAUUUUAAGAAAAAUACAAUUGAUUCUGAACUUCAUUCUUUAAAAAUAUCAUCAAAAUUGUUAGGUUAUUUGACGUCAAAUUUACAUCUCGUUGAUAAAUGGCAUCAAACUUGCGCUCAACUUGAAGAUAUAUUAACUGUUGGACUGAUUCUGUUAUGUCCGAUGAAUCCAAAGAAAGAGCUCCAAGAUUCUCAUCAUUCUCUUCCAUAUGUUUUUCAUUUUAAUUUGCGAUAUGUUUUAACUCAUGGUCGUUCCUAUUUAACUGGUGUAUUCUCAUCCUGGAUUGUAAAAAACAACAUUACACCUGAACAAGUUUUGAGUUUCUAUCAAAGGAUCUGUGCAAAAUCAUUACCAGUUGAAGAUGAAAGCGCAAACGAUUUAAUCACUUGUGAUUCAGCUCAUAUUAGACAAGUCAUUUUCUCACUGGCCUAUAAACGUCUUCCUUUCACAUUGGAAUUAGAUACUAUUCUAUCAACUGUUUGUUGGAUUCAUUUUCAAUGUUGGCUUAAUAAACUAGAACAUAUAAAUCAUUUGAUAUCUUGCAUUGAAUUUAUCAGUCGAUUUAGUUCAGCUGGUACAAUGAUUGCUCAGGGCUUAGGAACAAUGAUAUGGAAUAAAGGUCUCAUAAAUUGGAUUAAACCGAUUCUGGCUAUUGGAAGGGGUGAUAAAACACUCGAUAAAUGUCGUGAUAGUUUUCCACAUAUAUUGGAUGUAGCCGUAUGCUUAAUUGAUUUCUUUCGAAUAUAUUCGAAUGCUUGCCAACGUGCUGAAGUGGUACCAGUCUUUUCAGUAGAAUCUGAAUGGAGUGACUUCGACACUUGUAAUAAUGACAAACCUUUUCCAUUCAAUGAUAAAGCAUUUGAGGACAAAUCGUCUGUGGAUUUAGAUGCUCAAUCUCCAAUUUUUAAUGACAAUGCUGCAAAGAAUAUGUUUAGUGAGGUCUCAACUGGUGAUUCAUGUAGAAAAUGUUUAGUUCAAGAUGCUGUCAAUCAACCUGUUCCUAAUAUGCUUUCAAUAAUUUCAUGGGAACAACUUAUUAUUGUUGCAUCAUCUUUCAUCACAUUCGGUAGACCUGAGAAAUUUGACAAAUCUAAUCGACAAACAAUCGAUAUGAAAUUCUAUUCACCUAUUGACUUUUUCCCAUCACAAGAUUUACAUAUUAUAUUGUCACCUGAUAAUCCAAACUGGGUUAGCACAGGUGUUGGAAACAAUGUUGAUGAUGAUUUAGUAAUAAGGCGACGCUUUUUCCUCUAUUGGUUAAUUGAAAAAUGUGUUGCACGUCUUUCAUUGUUACCUAAUUCACAACGUUGUGCAACUCCAUCAUUCAUUACAGACGAAAAUAUAAUCUGUUCAGUUAAUCAUCAAUCUGAUUGCACUUUUAGAGCUGUAGAUAUUUAUGAUCGAUUUAGUUCAGCUGCCUUUACUUUGGCUAACCAUUGGGGUUUUCCAAAAGAUACUGUAGUUAUACAACAUAUAGUAUCCUUAUUCGAAGCUAAUCUAGAUGAUCAAGCUGAGCUUUUUUUAUCAAAAGUUCAAGACCCUAGUAAUUUGGCUGUCCGAUUAUUAUUCAUUGUGGGACGUCGUGUAGCUGAUCGAUGUUAUGGUCCAGGACAUAAUAAUACAAAACAACGAUUACGUUUACGCGUAUUCAUUCCACUGACAAUUGAAGCAUGGCUUCGUGGUCUAUUACCACCGAUUUCAAGUUUGCCUGAUAGUCAACAAAUUAAUGAUCAUGACUCUCAAUUCACUUCAUCUACAACAGACGUGACAAGAUUGACAUUUCUUAUUGACUAUGUAAUACAACAUCUACCACAAUAUGCAAGCCAAUUGCCUAUAGCUGAAGAACUACGAGAUAUUAUUCAAGCUAUUGUACAAUUAGAUACAGAAUAGUAUUCCUUUCCCUUUUUCUAAUCAUAUAUGCAAGAAUCUCUUCAACAAUGUUAUUUUUCUCUUAUUAAAUGAUAGCGAAUAAACAUCUUUGAUUAUAAAACAUGAGUUAACUUGAUACAUUGUUUCUUUUCUUACUCAAUAUUGUCAUAGAGUACAAUUAACAAAAGUUUUGUGAUAGACGAAAAUGAAACAAUUUUUUUGGUUAUAAUGUUCAACUCUAUUAUAGUAUCUAAUAUAUUUGGUCAUCACCAUCAUCAAGUCAGUCGCAACGUAGAACCAUGGUACUUACUUACAUCGGUUAAAAUUGUUAUACCCCAACAACACAGCGAGAUGAAAUUGCUACAGUAAAUCCCAGAGUAGUAGAGGUAGUAACAGCAAAGAUUAAGCAUCGAAGAUACGAUUCGAGAAAAACAUAGAUUGGUGAAAUAAAAAAUUAUUGAUUCAGAAACUUAAAAUCUGAGGAAUGGUAAAAAGUAGAUGCAUCUACGCCGUUGCAAAUGAUUUCGAGUCAUGUCAUUCAAAGUCCUUAACGAUUGGCCAAGGUAAUCGUGCGGACACCAACCAGGUAGCCUACACCUAUUGAAAUAGCUCAGUCCAGUUUUCAUUGGCUGAUGCUAUGCAUUAGUUUUGUUAGCGGGAUAUAGAUUGAAUUGAAACAUGCUCCAUGCACGAUUGCGUUGGC